CCGGGACAGGGCAGGUUUGGAGCUGGCAGAAGUGAACAGAACUGCACAGCCACAGAUACAGAGAAUUCUUCCAAAGCCUGGAGCGUUGUCAGUGUGGAUAGGUUGAGUAUCCUGAUGAGUAACUUGUCUUGGAGCAUGGUGGAGCUUGCACGAUCACACCUUCUCAAAAACUAUGUCCUGAGUUUCCCUUGGUGAGCAAAGCUGUUACUGGAUACCUGUAAAUGGAAGAGAAUGGAAUCCCUUUGUGGCUGUUUGAGCACUGCAGAUGUUCCUCUCACCAGCACCCUGUGGUAGAUUUAGCAGAGAAGGAGAUGGAUAACCCCACGUUUAGAAGUGACACUGUGCUGUCUGAUGUUCACUUGCACUGCCCAAGCAAAAGACACCUCAUGGUACGCCUGAAUGCAGUUGGACAGCCAGUAUUCCUGUCAUAUUUCAAACUCCUUUGGAGCAUAGAAGAUUUGGCAUCUGGGAAACACGUGAGAGAAAUUACCACAGGAAGAGAACACCAGUGCACAAGUGGGGAUGAACUGUGUGACAAGGACAGGAGUAACAUGAAAGAAGAAGGAGAAUUAAAUGUUGAAGGAGUAAAAGCUCUGCUGGAUGAUGAUGGAGACUUGGAAGUGGUCAGAAGGCCUCAAAGUGCCUCUGAUUUGCAAGCAGAGGAUCUUUUGAGGGAUAUAGCAUGCCCUGUAAUUCUGAUGAAAGGGAAAGAAGAUGCUUUUGAAGAUGAAGAGCAGGAAUGCACUUGCAGGGAUGUUGUUAAAAUAGAACACACUAUGGCAACCCCCUUAGAAGAUGUUGGUAAACAAGUCUGGCGUGCUGCCUUCCUUCUGGCUGAUUACAUUCUCUUUAAAAGGGACACGUUCAGGGGCUGCUCUGUGCUGGAGCUUGGAGGUGGCACUGGAAUUACCAGCAUUAUCAUGGCAACAGCUGCCAAGAGAGUUUAUUGCACAGAUGUUGGUGAAGAUCUCCUGGCCAUGUGUGAGCAGAAUGUUGCAUUGAACAAGCACCUGAUGGAGCCAGGAGGAGGGGAAAUUAAAGUGAAAGAACUGGAUUGGCUGAAAGAUGAAUUCUGCACUGAUCCUGAAGCUCCUUAUAGCUGGUCUGAAGAAGAGAUUGCUGAUUUGCUUGAUCACUGUUCUGUGAUAAUGGCAGCUGAUGUGUUCUAUGAUGAUGACCUGACAGAUGCCUUGUUCAGAACUCUGUAUAGAAUCACACACAACUUGAGAAAUUCUUGCACAGUUUACUUCGUCCUGGAAAAGAGGCUGAACUUCACUUUAAGACAUAUGGAUGUUACGUGUGAAGCCUACAGUCACUUUAGAAAUACUCUAAAUGAUCUGGAGAAUCUCCAAGAUGGAAAAAUGAAAUAUACAGUGGAGCCCAUUAAGCUUGAUUUCUGCCAGUUCCUUGUUUAUGAACGGAUUGAGCAGUUGGAGUUGUGGAAGGUCAUGGCUAACCACCUAACGUGACAGGCCCACGAGGAAAAAGCAGAUCUUUACCUAAGGAGAAGGGCUAUUUUGAUGUUCUGUUAAGAAAAGGAUUUUCGUCCCAAGAAAAGCAUCCUGGUGGAAUUGUGUUCUCAGAAAGUAUUGCAGUGCAGUUGUGCUUUACUUUUUUGGUCUCAGCACUUCGUUUCUUGGACUUGUGCAGUUGGACAUGAUUUCUUUGAUGUUUCCAAGUACUGCUGGAUGCCAGGCAGUGGCAGUGACAUGGUGACUUGCUCUUCGGAUUGAUGAAUUCAGUCUUAGAGUCUGGCAAAGAAGUAUUUAACCUUUUCCAUGUGGCUGAUUUGCAGAUGUCAUGCAUUUCCCUUUAUAGUUUACACAACAUGGACACCGUUCUCAAUCUUGUCCAGUUCCACACAUUAUUUGUAUUUAUCAACACUUGUGAAACGAUGCUCUGGACAAGACUUUGUUUGUCAUUAAUGAAAUUUUCUUUAAAAAAUUUGUUGACGAAACUUGGUCCUUAAUUCUCAGUUUGUCCUAUAUAAAUCACUCUAGUUUAGAGCCACUGUCUGAAUUGAAAGGAAACAAGAUGCAUUUUGUUUGACUCUCUAAAAAUACUCCACAGAGGUUUUGGAGUAUAGGAGGUCAACCCUAUAUUGUCCUGCAGGAAUUUUAAGCUAUUCAGUCCUGGGGAGGUUGAGGAUGAGAAGAUAGCACAUAAAGGGAGAUGUUACAGCUCUUGAAAUAUUUGGAAUUCUACCCUCAGCGUACACAUGUGAGGCUGGAGGUAGGGAAGUGGACAAGAAUGUCUUGUGGGCCUUCAAUAUCUUACUUCUGGAUUAAAAUAAAAUAUUUAUUAAAUCUCUCCUGUGUUAUUAAUGAGUCCAAAAAUCUGCUCGCACUUUUAUAAAUGUUAUGUGCACUGUUGUGUUUAUAUCACUUUGCCAUAUGUACACUGCCAUGGAAAUCCUUGUGCCCACUGCACUCCUCAGCACCAAGAGAGUGUCAGUGAUGGAGCUGUUCCAGCCUGGGACUUGUGGGAGUGGGCAAGACAUUCAUUACAAGCAUCUGAUGGACUUCUUGAAAGCCUGUUUUGAUGUAGGUCAGUUAUUUCAUAACCUUCUUAUGUAUGUGAAGAUCUAUUUUUUGUGUUCUUUAAUGGCAUGAAAGGUUAUUAGAUGAUGGCCAUUCCCUGUGAGUACAAAGUAAAAAUUACAUUAAGUUAGCUACUAUGUAUGUACAUUAUGUUAUGUAUCUGCCUACAUUAAUGUGAAAUCUCUCUCAGAACCCUCAUUUGAACUUCAAAGAUGAAAAACAGUAUUUUAAUCCAAAGAUUCCCGAACUAAUGUUUGUUGGUUUGUUUUGUAAUGUUAUUGACUUUGGUAGAUUCAGCUGUUUUUGAAUGUAGCUGCUUAUUUCAGUAGUGAUUUUUUGAAGGCUGUACAAGAAUAUACAAGGCUGAUGUGAAGUAGUGUAAGCAGUUAGGGAAUCGUGGUUUUUCUCACACAGGAUUUCUCAAAGUCUUUGGAAUUAUCAAUAGAAACUCACCUGCAAGUCCUUCAUUUCUGUGAAGGAAGAGAAAGUAGACACUUAAUUUAAAACCUAUGAAUAUUUCUGCUCAGCUGUGGUGAUUAGGUUUUCACUUGGAAAACUUUCUCUUUUGCUAAAUAAAGUCAUCAGGCAGUUGGGAGCAUUUCUGGA